UUUCGUUUUGAACUUACAUGGGGGAGGCUUACUCUUCGACUAUGCGACGUUUACCCGAGACACGAGUAGUUUUCUAACGUUUAAGCGAUAUGUUGGAGUUUGAUGAAGAUUAGAGUGUACGAGUCGGAGUAUAAGGUCAGAUGUAUACCUGAUUGGUUUUCUUCAACAAUAAAGAAACUGUUAAUCAAAAGACUGUGUUAGGAAGAUUUAUCUGUGAAGAAGCUCUGAAGGUCUCACGGAGAGCUCACAUGCAUAUUACGACAUUCUCCUUAACCAUGUUGUUUACUUAGUGGCUAGAGGGAGUCAUCUCUUGAACGAUAUAAACAUCUGCUGCAACAUAAAGUCGAAGGAUACCUCUGACAGGAGGUGAAGACAGUCCCAGAGCGUGGGACAGAAGAUUAGGCUAGGAUCUCGAAAGAGGUUUUAGCCAGAAGACCGGUUCCAGCUGGGAACUGAAGAGAAUAGAUCUCGGCCAGAAAUGGCCUGGAGGUUUAUCGACAGUGACACGACUGAUUUGAAGAUCUGAAGACAUUAUAAUGAACAUGACCAACUUGUGCAAUGGAUCGCUAACCAGAGGACCAUGUACGGAAAAAUCACUGCACUUGGGACAAAAUCAGGGACAGCUGGGAACAGACAGACAGAGAGGAAUAGGUGGAUAGAGGAGAGGUGGCGUUUCCUAUCAGGACAUAUUGUGCGUGCAGUGACCAGGACUAGCGCACCCAAGGAAAAACACAUCAUUGAACAGCUGUUAGAUGAUCCUCUGGAAGGGACUUCCACACCAAGCCCAUCCAGCAGCAAACAGCUGUGCAGUAGGCACAGUGCAAGCAUAGACCUCACCACAGCUGGAGGUGCUGAACAAGGGACAGAUGUAGACAGAAUUAGUAUUCUCAAUAGAAGUAUUCAAGACUGCCAAAGAUUGUUGCAGGAAGGACGCACACAAACGGACUUCACGAACAGGGCAAUCGAGUUUGGUCGAUCAAUCACUAAAGGUGUCAUAAGUGAUGAUGAAUGGGAUUAUGGAUGGGAUAUUGUAAAUGGUGCGAUCACUUAUAGAAAUAAGAAGUUAAUGAAAGCACGUGCACCUCAGGAGCAGCGUCCACUGGUUCCUCAGCCUCGCCUGCCUCACUUCUAUGACCAGUACACAGACAGGCACUAUGGAUUGCCGCCUGCAAUGGGGGGACAUCCAGCAUUCCGUGCUGAACAGAGACACUCACCAUCACCUCUGAUGUUUGCAGACCUGCAGCCUGCUCGAGAUCCACCUUUGCCUGUUGCUUGCGGAGAGAUCCGUGGGAAUGGUCCUUUUCAAGACAGUGCGCAAGGUUGCGCUGACGUCAACUAUCCCAAUUAACCCUUGGAAGCUGAUAAUAUUUUUUGUGCUUUUUCAAAUAACAGCUUGAGUUUUGGUUUAUUUUAUUUGUUGGCCACUCACCAUUUUGUGUGACAUCUAUACUCCUUUUACAAUGUCUGUAUGCUAAUUGAUGUGUCCUUUUGUACUCUUGUGCAUAUCUUUUUUCUGUAGGUGGCCCCACAUUUUAUUAUAUCCUGAAGUGUGAUAAAGCUUUUACCUCAGCAUUUUGAUUGUUAUUGCUUGUUUAUCUCCCUGCUGAAUAAAUAUAUUUUUGACUAUUAGCUUGAUGUCUGCAAAUCGUCAUUAAUACAUCACUGCAAGAUGAAUGUCUCUAAUGUUAUUCCCUAUCAUGCUGAAACACAAAAUACCUUGA